UUUGGCAGGAAUGCUCUAGAAUAUUACAGUCGCUUCUUUCGAGCUCUAAGGACAUUACAGAACAGAACAGCGUCUCCUCACAUGUCAAUAUAAACACUUAAACCUGUGCUGGACACGACCACGCGAGCUGUGCUCUUAUCAACAGGUGUGUGUGUUAAGCGGUUGAACCUGUAGAUCUUCGCUUGCGGAAGCGCGGCCAUACGGGCCCAUCGACAUGCUGUGCUGGGGUAAUGCCUCAUACGGGCAGCUCGGUCUGGGUGGGAUAGAUGAGGAGAUAGUGCUGGAGCCACGGAAAUGUGAGUUCUUUGAGGGCAAACGUUUACAUGAUGUGGGGUGUGGCAGACGCCACACCGUCUUUCUGCUGGAAGAUGGAACUGUGUACACCUGCGGCUGCAAUGACCUGGGCCAGCUCGGGCAUGAGAAAGCUCGCAAGAAGCCAGAGCAGGUUGUGGCUCUGGAUGCACAGAUCGUUGUGGCCGUGUCUUGCGGUGAGGCUCAUACGCUUGCUCUUAAUGAUAAAGGGCAAGUGUUUGCAUGGGGUCUGGGCUCAGACGGGCAGCUCGGCCUCACUAAUAUAGAGGAGUGUGUCCGUGUACCCAGAACUGUCAAAAGUUUAUCGGAGGUGCACAUUACCCAGGUGGCCUGUGGAUAUUUGCAUUCUCUUGCUUUAGCCAGAGGAGGACAGAUAUUCUCCUGGGGCCAAAAUAAAUAUGGCCAGCUUGGUCUUGGGACGCAAGGAGCUUGUGUCUCAUCCCCACACGUCAUCCAGUCUUUACAGGGUGUUCCUUUAGCUUGGAUAUCUGCAGGGGGUGCACACAGCUUUGGGCUUUCGUUGUCUGGGGCCGUUUUCGGCUGGGGACGAAACAAGUUUGGCCAGCUUGGCCUCAGCGACAAUGAUGAUCGCUAUUUCCCUGCCUUACUGAAGACUCUCAGGUCCCAACGGGUCGUGUAUAUUUGCUGCGGAGAGGACCACACAGCAGCACUGACGAAAGAGGGGGGUGUGUUUACCUUUGGAGCUGGAGGGUAUGGCCAGCUGGGACACAACACGACAAACCAUGAGGUGAACCCCAGGAAGGUGUUUGAACUCAUGGGAAAUGUGGUUGCACAGAUAGCUUGUGGGAGGCAGCACACUUUGGCGUUCAUCCCCUCAUCAGGAAAGAUCGACUCGUUUGGUCUUGGGGGUAACGGACAGCUCGGAACCCGCUCGACCUGCAACAGGAUGAGCCCCGCCCCUGUGAAGGGCUCCUGGCAAGCACAUACUGACCCCGUGCCGAUGGAUAUCGAUAUGAUGGGGUUGUGUAUUUCAGAGUCAGAACAGAGAUACUGUGUGAAGAGGAUCUAUGCAGGAGGAGACCAGAGCUUCGCUCACUACGCUUUACCUCAGGAUGACAGUCCUCCGGUGGAUGUGAGAGUGACCAGACCUGCUGGACAGAUCUACACACUCAACUCUGACCUCAUACAGAAGUGGCUCAGUCACGGCCAAGGCAGACUCUCGCCAGAGAUCACAAAUGAGAUCGAUCUUGUGUUCUCUUCAGCAAGUUGUCUCAACGGAAGCUUUCUAUCUGGCAGUAAUCCAGAUCACUACAGCACUAACAGCAAGUGCUCAGGUGUAGACAUAAACAUGGCUCGUCUGCUCUACCAUAGACUCAUCCAGCCCGAUUACCCACACGUAUCACAGAUUAUAGCGGCUAGUUUGGAGAAGAAUCUCCUCCCCAGAUUGAGCAGUUCUCCUCCAGACAUCGAGGCCCUGAGACUCUUCCUCACACUGCCUGAGUGUCCGCUCCUCAGCGACCCCAACAACUACACCACGCUCACCCUUCCCUUCGCCAAAGCCGUCGUCGGCCUGAAAGAUGCUCCGAUCAGAGUGCUCGGUAACUGGUGGUCCAGGUUUGAGCCGGCAGUCUUUCAGAGGCUGGUGGAGCUCUUUAAGGAGGUUGUGGUGUAUCUGCUGAGGAUGCAGAAACUGGGAAUUUCUCACUCUGAACAGAGAAUCCUCACGUGCUUCCUGCUCACCUCGCUCAAGUUCCUGGAGAUACUGCACUCGGUUAAUGAGCGUGCUGGUCAAAUCGUCCAAUAUGACAAGUUUUAUAUUCACGAGCUGGAUGAACUGAUUGACAUUAGGAAGGAUUAUGCCACCUGGAUUCAACAGCAGAUGUUUUCUGUGGUCGUGGACUCUCAGGUCACCUUGUGUAAAUACCCAUUUGUUUUUGACGCUCAAGCGAAGACGACGCUGCUCCAGACCGAUGCUGUCAUCCAGAUGCAGAUGGCAGUAGAUCAGGCUCAGAGACAGAACUUCACAUCUCUGUUCCUGUCCGGUGGAGGGGUGGAGUCAGUUAACCCCUGCCUCAUCCUCAUCGUACGCAGAGAAAAUGUGGUUGGAGACACCAUGGAGGUGCUGAGGAAAUCAAAAAACGUUGAUUACAAAAGGCCGCUCAAGGUGAUCUUUGUUCGUGAGGAGGCCGUGGACGCCGGUGGUGUGAGAAAAGAGUUUUUCCUCCUCAUAAUGAAAGAGCUGUUGGACCCUAAAUACGGCAUGUUCAGAUACCACGAGGAUUCCAGACUCAUCUGGUUUGCACACAAGACAUUUGAAGACAUCGAUUUGUUCCAUCUGAUUGGAGUGAUUUGUGGGUUGGCCAUCUAUAACCUGACGAUAGUGGAGCUGAACUUCCCUCUAGCGCUGUACAAGAAACUCCUGAAGAGAGCCCCAACACUAGAGGACCUGAAGGAACUCAUGCCUGAUGUAGGAAGGAGUCUUCAGCAGCUACUAGAUUACACGGAGGAUGAUUUGGAAGAAACGUUCUGCUUGAAUUUCACAAUCACAGAGGAUAAUUUCGGUGCUACAGAGGUAUUGGAGCUUGUACCCAAUGGGACGGACAUCAGUGUAAACAAAUCCAACAGGCAGGAGUUUGUCAACGCGUACGUCGAUUAUAUAUUCAACACUUCCGUGGCUCCUCAGUUCAAUGCUUUCUACGCUGGGUUUCAUAAAGUGUGUGGAGGGAAAGUUCUGGAGCUCUUCCAGCCCAGCGAACUGCAGGCCAUGGUGAUCGGAAACACUAAUUAUGACUGGAAGGCAUUAGAGAAGAGCACGGAGUAUAAAGGCGAGUACUGGGCGGAGCACCCCACCAUCAAGAUAUUCUGGGAAGUGUUUCACGAACUGUCUUUGGAAAAGAAGAAACAAUUCCUACUAUUCCUAACGGGCAGUGACCGUAUCCCCAUCCUGGGCAUGAAGAGCCUGGCGUUAGUCAUCCAGCCCACCGGUGGAGGUGAGCAGUAUUUCCCCGUAGCGCACACAUGCUUCAACCUGCUGGAUCUGCCCAGGUACACUAGCAAGGAGUCACUGCAAGAGAAACUGUUGCAGGCCAUCGAACACAACCAGGGCUUCAACCUUGCUUGACACGCACAAGCACAGACCAGCUGAUCAAUAAUGAUCAUCUACAGACGCAUAUGACACUCACAGGUAUAUGGACACUCACAGGACACUUAAAAGACUCCUGCAGAGUUUGGCUGAUCGACCGUGUGAUUGCUGAUAUUUUGAGUUUGUUAUAGAUAUAGAAGCAUUUGAUUUAUUGUGCAAUGGAUGCUUUAACAGGAAUAAUCAUUUACACUGACCACAAUUCAAAAAGAGACACGUAUAUGUGCAAAUAUAGAGUCCCGAAGAGCUUAUUCGGAUAUGUAAACAGUAUUUAUAUAUCAAUGUUUUUUGUUACUCACUCAACAACACUUGUGUGCUCAUAAUUGUUGUAAAAUGUCUCUUAUUUGAUUUUGCCCGUGUAGAGUAACAUUGUAGCGCCAGACGUCUUGUGACAUCAUCAUUAAGGAUGUUAUUGUACUCUUGUGGUCAAGAAUACUAGAGACUCUCAUGUCACUCAGUUUGAAGAGUCAUUCAGAUUUGCAGCAUAAUGGAUGAAUAGUCUUGCAGAAUAAUUUUUCGGUAUGUUUAUUACAAUAAAGGGGUGCCACUUUUUGCUUAUGUGCCUUAAAACUAAACAUUCUCUUAUGUUUUUUUAGCUUAUUGAGUUAAUUUGUUUUGUCUAAUCAUUUUUUAAAGAUUGAGAAAUGGCACAAUAUGUGAUAGCAUGUGUCACGUGUGUAUCACAAUCAAAUAUUUGUCAUAUUGUGGCAAAGACUUACAAAGUGAAAGAUUGCAUGAUUAAAAAAAAAAAGUCUGUUGCUAAUAAUUUUCUGAGAGCUGAAGAUCAAUAAAGAUAACAUCAGCCAUUAAACUUAGCCUGUAUUAAAUGUACAAACUCACCAAACAUCUGUUAGUCCAUCACACGCCUGUCCAACACAGUCAUAUGUGCAGUAGCUGCGUGUAUGUGUGUUGAGGAAUAUGUGGAAAGCAAUUGCAAAUGAUUCUUCCUGUUUGUAAAUUGUAAAUAAACAUGAUAUUUUCUAGUUUUGAUGUUGAAUUUGUGUCUUUAGUUGAUGAAUUUGUGUUUUUAAUUUUUGAUGAUCAACAGCUGAUUUACUAUAACAGACUCUUACAUUUCCAGCAAUGUUAUAUAUAUAACACUUUGUGUUUUAAUAAUUGUAUUCAUGAAAUCUGUCCAUAUUUGGUGUAGGCACUGAGGCUCACAGGGUUUCUGCAGUGGUUCAGGUGUAAAUGGUCCUGCAGGUGAAGUUCAG